GCAGGUGUAAUGCAUGCUAUUUGGACCAUAGGAAGCAAAGGGUAUAUAAGACGCCUCACAAGGUGGAUCGUGGUUAGUCCUCGGCCAGCUCUCGUGUUCAGGACAAGCUGAUCGAUCGACCACAUCGGGGCAUUGCAUUUUUUAACUUAAAACUUGAACUCAAGAGACAGAGCAGAUAAACAGCCAAACGUGUUUGAUCACCCGGCUGUUGAAGACUGAUCUGGUUGGAGAAAUGGCCUCAGAGAACAUGAAGAUUGCUGCCCUGGGUCGACCUUUCACCCUGGGAAUGCUGUACGAUGCUCGGAAAGAUGAACUGAUCCCAGGUGUGACACUGUGGGAUGACAAAACUCUCCAAGAAAACAUAACUGAAAGCUCUCAGCACAGCAGUGCAUUUCAAAUUUCUUCAUCUGACUCCAUUGAAUCCAAGUCUUCUCUGCUGGAUGUUGAAGCUUCUCUGAAGGCCAGCUUCCUGGGUGGACUGAUUGAAGUUGGAGGAUCUGCCAAGUAUCUGAAUGAUACGAAGAAAUUCAAGAAUCAGAGCAGAGUGACAUUUCAGUACAAAGCUACAACCAACUUCAAACAGCUGUCAAUGGCUCACCUUCUAACCAUGGACACAGAACAGGCAGAUCUUAUUGAGAAAGGUUUUGCAACACAUGUAGUCACAGGCAUCCUUUAUGGGGCAGAAGCUUUCUUUGUGUUUGACAGUGAGAAGUUAGAAGCCAGCAGCGUUCAAGACAUCCAGGGCCACAUGGAAGCUGUGGUAAAGAAGAUCCCCUCUUUUAAUAUUGAGGGGGAAGUUGACAUCAAGCUAAAUGAUGAGGAAAAAGCCCUGACUGAGAAAUUCUCCUGUAAAUUCUAUGGAGACUUCAUUCUUAAAAGCAACCCUGCAACAUUUGUAGACGCAGUGAAGACCUAUGUCGAACUUCCAAAGCUUCUGGGAGAAAAUGGAGAGAACAGUGUUCCAUUGAUGGUCUGGCUGAUGCCACUGAAGAAUUUAGAUCCAGGAGCUGCUGAGCUGAUGAGUGGGAUCAGCGUUGGACUAGUGAGGAAGGCACAAGAUGCUCUAGAAGAUUUAAAGGAAAUAGAAAUGAGAUGCAAUGAUUCUCUGGAUGACGGAGUAGCAGAGCAUUUUUCACAGAUUCACAAAGAUCUAAGCAGUUUCAAAAAAUCCUGUAAUUAUUACACAUCUCACCUCCAGCAGAUCAUGGGGAAGAAAUUUCCCCUCAUCCGUGAAGGUAAAGAAGAUGAGAGUUCAGUAGAACAAGUCUUUGAAGACAGACACGGGUCACCAUUCAGUCAUGAAAAACUCAGCGAGUGGCUGGAUCAUAAAGAGAGAGAAAUGAACAUCAUCAGGUCCUGUGUAGGAAUGAUGGAGGGAGUGAAGAUCGUCCAUAGUCAGUCAGAGUUGGACAGAGAGGUUCUUGCUGCAGGUGUAGAACAUGCUGUGUGCUUCGUUUUCACCUCCCUGAAGGGUGCUGACCCCUGCUUCGAUGCGAUGAACAACUACCUGGAUUCUCUUGAUUUAAGAAGUACCACUGAAGACCCAUGGUACUACUCGGAUGAAGUUUUAACCAAAAUGAGAGAAAAAGCAGAAGAGGUCCACAAUCUUGCCAAAGCACUGAAGAACAACCCCAGAGUCUGUUUCCUCAUAGCCUCGAUUGCAAAUGAGAAGUACACAGGAGCAACUAUCUACCAUUACAAGGACGGCAUCCUGGUCACUGAUGAUUUCACAAACCUAAACCUCCCUCCUGUGGAGGAGAUCACAGACAGGACAGAUCUGAUGUGGUAUGCCUGUGACCUCACCCUGGACCCAAACACUGCAAACGGGCACCUCAUUCUGUCUGAGGGAAACAAAAAGGCAACAUAUGGAUCAUGGCAGUACUAUCCUGAGCAUCCAGAGAGGUUUGAUAAACAACCUCAGGUGUUGUGCAGUCAGGGGUUAACUGGGCGUCAUUACUGGGAGGUAGAGUGGAGCAUUAGCUUCUAUGCAGAGAUUUACGUAGGUGCUGCAUACAAAUCACUUAAAAGAAAAGGAGACGGUUCACAGAGCUCACUUCGUGAUAGUGCCAUAUCAUGGGCUUUGCUCAAUUGGGCUUCAGAUACAAAGCACACACUUGAGCCAUGGCAUAAUGGGAAGUUGAAGGAACUUCCCUUUGGCUGCAGCAGAGUUGGGGUGUAUCUGGACUGGCCUGCUGGCACUCUGUCCUUUUACCAAGUCUCUUCUAACACACUGAGUCACCUGCACACCUUUCACACCACAUUCACUGAGCCUCUUCACCCAGGCUUCUCUGUUAGUUGGCAGUCCAAAUAUGCAUACCUGUGUCCAUUUGAAUAAGAGCAAUGACAAAAGAUUCUUGGUCUGUGCCCAGAGAUAAAAAGUUACAACAUUUGAUUGUGUUUCUCUUUUUUUAACUUUCAUUUGUUUUAUUUUGAUGAUCACAAUUAAAAAUCAGAAUCAUUGUUGUUACCCAAAGAUUUCUUAUUGUUUCUUUUUAUGUAUCAUUUAAUCAGCUCAUCAUUAUUAUAAUUAUCAUUAUAGUUUCUUUUAUGGGUGAGGCGGCUCUGUUUGGAAAGGUGUGACAGAUGAUGAGUCAGCAGGACUCACAGCCCGUAACCCCGCGUGGAGUUACAGAGUCUGCAUGUGUGAACUUCAGCAGGAGGAUAAAACAAACGCCUCCUGACAGCUCGUGGUUGAUGUUUGGCUGUUAGACUGUUUGCAAAAUUAUUAUCAUUAUUAUUCUAUGGAUGCGAUGGCCCUGCUGCACUUCUGUAAAUACUUGAUGUCAGAUCAUGAAAAGUAAAAGAGGUUACAAUAAGAGUUCAGUCACAUGGAGGCGCUGAACAGAACCAAAUCAGUACUUUAAUUUUUCUAUUUUCAUUUCCUCUUUGUUCUGAUUUUACAAAAUAAAAAUGAUAUAAACUUA